UCAGCUACGUAAUUAUCGCUGUGCAAUCGUAACCUUUCAGCCCUUCCGUCAGUCUUCGUUAGGUUAUUAUUACAGAAAAUCGGCAAAGACGUUCCGAUUGUGUCAAUGUGUCGUAUAAAAAGAGGGAGUGAUAUUUAUAAUUGGGGAUUAUUCAAUUCAGUUUGAUAGAAAUAUAAAGAGCUAUCAUGCCGAGUUAUAUCGUGUUCGACGUUAAGACAAGAAAAGUAAUUAUAACAUGUACGGUUACAGGACUUGUUAUGUUUGCAAUAGGAAUCGGAAUUGGUUACGCUUCCCGAAAAGGUUCGUCAAAUACGGAUUCACCAACUGCCAGCGUUGCCGAGGCAAUACGCGCUACGUGUAGUGGUCCAGCGGCCCAGACGCCGUCUGGUAAACUUUACUUCGACCGAUUUGUGCAAAGACACAAUGAAAAGUAUGCAUGUGUUAAAACAAAGGAAGAAUGUUGGAACUUGGGAUUGCCAAGAAAUUAUAUUGCUUACCACUUGAAUGGCAAAACAAUCACUAUUGAUGGGAAAUUAGAUGAUGAUGCUUGGAAAGAGGUACCAUGGAGCGAAACUUUUGUUGACAUGCGCAGUUCAGUUUAUCCCAAACCAUAUCUAGAUACGAAGUUCAAAAUACGAUGGGACGAUGAACGAAUGUAUAUAGGUGUUUAUAUACAAGAAAAUAAUUUAUGGGCGACACUAACCACACAUGACGCGGCGAUCUCGACAGAGAAUGGCGUCGAAUUUCUUAUGGACGUAGAUGGGUCUUUGUUCAAUUUCAAACAAAUGCAAAUUAACGUCUUGGGUACUAUGAUGGACCAACUGUUCUAUAAAUCUCCUUAUGAUAGUCCUGAUGUGCAGGUAUGGUUCCAAGACUGGCAACCUGACGUAAGGAAAGCAGUUAACACAGACGGUACUGUAAAUACACCGGGUGACGAAGACAAAUACUGGAGUAUUGAAGUCUCGCUUUCGUUUGCGAAACUUGCCGAAAGGUCACAGCGCGCGCAGCCAAAUCCCGUCGAGAACGAGGCUUGGUUUAUACAAUUUGGAAGAUCUGAACAAAAUUUGACAGUUGAGAAAGGGCAAUACAAAAUAGUUCCAGGAUCUGAAUCGCAGUGGUGGUCAUGGCAACAAUGUGACACCAUUAAUUUACUUUUACAAGACCGCUGGGGUUUGGUGCAGUUCAAGAAAAAUUUGUCAGACAAGAAGUUUCGAUUUGAUAGAUGGCAUAUUUACAAAGCCUUGUUUGUAAUGAGGGACGCUAUGAAGAAAUUUCAAUCUGUAAAUGGGAAGUAUACAAAUAAAAUAGAAGAGCUGGAUGUUCCGCCAUAUUUGUUGUCAGGAACUUGUGUUGAAGUUCCUGAAAUAACGUUUACAUUCAAAAAUAAUGCAAUAGCAUUCAACUAUGUUACAAAUCCUAUAACAGGUUUUGUGGUAACCGUUAAGUCGAAGUUGAUUUCACAUAAACCAGCUCACAUUCGAUCGGAUAGAUACGUCACAUUCCAGUAAUUCUAAACAAACAUAUCAAUGGCAACUUUUCGGCCCUUUCCGUCAGUCUUCGGAUUAAGUUUAUUAUUAGUAAUAGCCGAGGUGUUUCCGAUUGCUAACAUUAAACAGAAAUGAUCGACAAUUUCGAUAAAGACGAAUUUCAUGUUUCUAUAUCUUACCGCCAGUAUAUAAUUCUGCAGUAAGAAAAUUCCCGAUAUAUUUAUAUUAUAGUUAUAACUACAUGUACCACGUUUUUUUAUAAAUAUUUUAAUAUUUCUGCGCUUAUCCGCUCCUUUGUAAAAAUAGUUUAUUUUGGGUUUUCUUCAAAUUCUUCAAAUAUUCAUUUUUUCUAUGCUCACCAUCUGUAGAAAGUAGUGUGAAAUUAUGUGUCAUAAAAGUAGCAAAUAGAAGAAGUAUUUUAACUUCCAUACAAAUCAUUAAUCACUAUAUUCUGUAUUAAUUUCCAAAAGUCAACAGAGGCAAAAGAUGGCUUAGGUAAUUAACCAAUGAGUAUCGUUUUGAAAACUAUAAAAGAACAUCCAGAGUAAACAUGCUUUUCAAAGCUUUUGAGAAAUAGAAAUAAAAAUAUUUCUUGGGCAUAUUGGGCCUUUAAAGCGACAUUGCAACAGUGUGAACCUAGAUGUCAAUAUGUCGCCUGCAAGGUGCGUUUAUAUAAUUGUACAAUUCAACCUUUAAAGAGGACCCCUUUGUAAAAUGAAGGUUUCUGGUAGUGUUUAAAAGUUGUUGCUCUUGAAUCUGAAGAAGAUAUAUUGCUUAACAGAGAGUUACUCUGUAGAGGUUGAACAAUAUGUUACAUACACUGCUUUGACAACUAAACUUGUAUUAUAUCUUAUUAUAAAUUAAAGUAUG